AUGACAGUCACCCUCCAUUGCUUAGCAGACGUCUGUCUCAUACCAAUUGGCACCAAUUCAGCAUCAGUUUCCGAUGAAGUAACAAUAAUCACCAAACUAGCUCAAGAAUCCUCCUUGCACACCACUUUACAUUCAGCAGGCACGACAAUUGCUGGUCCUUGGAACGAAGUGAUGGAUUUGAUUGGAUCUAUGCAUCAAGUAUUGCAUGAACGAGGUGUUGUUCGAAUUCAGAGUGACAUUAGAGUCGGCACUAGAACUGACAAGCAUCAAUCGCCUCAAGAUAAGAUUGAUGUUGUUGAAAAAAAGUUGAAAAAUGCAACAACUGCAGCAUAG